AUGGAGUGGAUCAUUUCUGCUGCAGUAUUAUUGACAGGUAAGACCAGUUAACUGCUCCAUAUUAUGUCCCUGUGCCUCUCUUUCUGUGUAUCUGUGUCACAAGUAAAAUUAACAUCCUUUCUCUGCAUUGAAAAUUUAAUUUACUUUAAAAACAAUUUGUAACUACAGCUGUUAUAACAGAGAGUAAAAAAACGCUUCAAAUGUUCUGUUUCUUAUUUGUAUUUUCAUCCUCUCUGAAUUUAACUAUCUGAAGUCAUUUAUCAUUAGUCAGUUUCUAACUACACAGUAUCUUUACUGACACAGCUGACUCUAUUCUUUAUUUUAGUGGCAGAAAAACUAGAGUACAGCUUUUUAGACUUACAACUCACACCGUAACAAAAAGUUAACCUAAAACAAAACUAUAACUGUGUGAGCUCUUUUCAACUUUUGUAGUUCUUAACACUUUGGUCACACCUGCGUGAAUGUGAAGAAGAAAAAGAAAAAGCAGAGAGAGAGAAAAAGAGGGAGAAAAAAACACAGUUUAAGUGUGACUUUUACACACAGAGGUUACAGUUCUUGUCUAGUUUAACUCUUCGCCACAACACCUUACCGCAUGUCUCCUUCACUCUCCACACUUUUAAUCUCUAUUCAGCUGUCCUGCAUUAAUAAGGGUGAAAAAGCCCCUCCAAAAAUCAUCAAAAAUAAAGACAAGAUAACAAACUCAAAAGGACACCAAAAUAAAAAACAGGAAGCCGAUAAGACCAAUGAAUAACAUAGUGGCACUCAACCCACCUUAAACUGAAUACUUCUCUUAACUCUGACAGACCUUCAUAGCUGUUUAUUUCAUACCAGUUCUGGGUCUACGAGGGAGAGUGAAGGAAAAUUUGGUAGUCCUCUUUUAAACACAGACAAAAAAGACAGAUACAUGUAAGGACUGAUGAAACACUGCCCACUUAUGGAAAACUAACAGCAGAAUUGAAAGGCUGAAGCUGCUGGGAUACUUCCUGUUCAUGUUAAGUUGUUCCAGUAUAUUUUGACUGACUGAGCACAAAAUAGUUGGGAUGCAUAACAGGAGUGAUUGGAGAAUGGGGACUAUUGUUUGAGAGAGAAAUAUUCUUAAAUCAUAAAGGAUACCAAGUGACAAACUCAUAAACUAAAUAACAAAGAAAAGAAGAACCUGCUUUUUUAUUUUUUAACACUCUGAAAUACAACGGUCAAAAUUUGAUUACUGUGUCUAAAAGGUGUGAAGGUGAAGCUGAACAGCUCUAACAGAGGAAGUUUGCUAAAUACACACCCUCUCAUCAAUCAAUCUCUUGUAACCUAUUGGAGGCAUAUAAGGAAGUAAUUAGUCAUGAUGUAUGCAUCAUGCUGUCCUUUUGAAGACAACCUUCUGUGACCAAAAAAGGCAAAAAAAAUGACACCUUUAAUGUGCAACAAAAUCACUGAAUAUAGGAAAUCCUGUGCAAGCUCUAAAAUAGAAAGACCUCCUACGUGUACUUUGUACUUCUUAGUAUUUAAAGUUACCUGUUGUUGAGAAAAUGUCUUUUCUCUUGUACCUAAUAUCUAAUUUCUUGAUAGAGGGAAAAUAUCACCCAGAAGCACAAUCACAGGUUUUCAGAAGGGCAUGAAACUGUGGCUCUGUAAAAUGUUUUGAAUAUAGAAGGUAAUAUAGUAUACAGAUGUUCACAAGACAGAAUGUAAAUGACUUAACUCCCCCUAAUGGCAAGGUUUGGAAUGACCUUGGCUGAUUCCACUCUAUAAGUGAAUGGUCAAAGUUUUCAAGUUGUUUGGAUUUAACUCACACUUCAUGAACAGUGAAUUUUCUAACGGAAAAACAACUGAGGAGUUCUUCCUUCUCUGUUCCUCAGUGCUGAAAUCUGUACUCUGUUUUAACAUCGAGCCUGAGGCCUGGAGGACCCUUGACAAUGAAGCUGCUGGUUUUGGAUACCAGGUUGUGCAGAGAAAAUCCGGGUAAGAGAAGACCUGGGUUCACAAACGUCAAAUGUCUACUGUUUUCACUUUAGUUCUGUUUUCACUUUUUGUGUUUGUGACUCAUCUGGCUUGACUUUUCUCAGCCAGCAGUCCUUCUCGCUUAAUUCUCUGGUUUUGUUUCCUCAGUUUGCUGGUCAGUGCUCCUCUUGAACAAUACUCUAGGACUGGAAGGGGUCAAAUAUAUAGCUGCACUACCUCUUCCUGCAGUGAACUAACAGUUUCCAGUAAGCAACUUCUUGUUCCCAAUUUAAACUUCAGAAGUAUAUAGAGGAAAUGCGAAGUGUUGUCUUGAAACUGACGUGGGCAUCAUUGGAGUUUUUUGAAACAGAUUACAGGAAAGAUUACCCAACUUUGUUGUGAAGAAACUGUUUCUUUUGGUGCAGUUCCCCUUUCAUGUUGUUUUCAACACUGAGAUUUAAAAUAAGACGUUAAAAUUGGAAUGCUCAUGGGAAAAGAUAACUGCUGCUUGUACUGUUUUCUGAGACAACAGCUUGUUGCUGUAAAUACAGUAUCCUAAGUAACUCUUUUGGUGUUUUUUUUUUCUCUUUUCAAUGAAGAACCACAAUUUGCUACCAACAUGUCCCUCGGUUUGACAUUGGCGAGCGAUCCUGUGACACAAAACACACUGGUGAGCUGGAAAACUGUAUUAACCAGGCCACAGUGCCUUCCUUAUAUCAAAGCAUAGAUUAAUCAUGGUACAUCUUCCUUCAGGCCUGUGGACCAACCAUCCCAAAGGACUGCAGAAGUAUCACCAUGUACAAUGGUGUUUGCUUCAAGAUAACCAGGAAUGAUGACAUCGGAGGCCCAAUGCCGUCAUCUCUUCCUGGUAAUAAUAUGAUUUUUUUCCUGAGUUAAACACAUUAUUUCAAUAAAGGAAAAGGAAGAAGAGGUCUUUUAUUGAUGGGCCCAACACCACAUGCAUGUUAGCAGAAAUCGAAGUAUUAGAUUAAAAACAGACUACAUUUGACAACUGGAGCAAGUAGACAGAUUGUAUACCUGUAAGCAAUGUUACUGAAUCAAAGAGAGGGUGGGAUUGUGUGACUUAACAGAAACUGCAAACACCAACUGUUCUUUUUGACAGAGUGUCAGACCCAAGCGGAUAUUACGUUUCUGUUGGACGGCUCAGGCAGUGUGGUUGCUGGAGAUUUUAGAAAGAUGAAGACAUUUGUGAAAGGAAUGAUCGAUGCAUUCAGGGGGACAGAUACACAGGUACCUCAUCUACUUAAGGUCCCAAAGAUAUAAUUGUGCUUGCUGUGACAUUUUCCCCAUUUGACAAAUACACUUACACAUGUCUUCUUUGUUGCAGUUUGCCAUUGCCCAGUUCUCUAGCGAAUUCAGAAUCCAUUCUUUUCUGAAUAAACUUGAUUCUACCAGAUGGACAAGUGUAAUAAACUCUUUUACACAGCUUGGGGGAAGCACUCACACAGGCACUGCCAUCAACCGUGUUGUGUAAGUGCCCUCAAGAUGCAGGGGUAUCACAUGACCUCAGGCUUUUAAAGUAUGGAACUACUGAAUAUAGACUCUAGUGAUUUUAAAGUGCACAUUUUUUCACAUGCACUUCAUGUUCCAUGAGAUUUUGUCAAUGUUAACAUUCAAACAUCCUCUUCGUUUUUUAUAUUAGGAAAAUGGCGGAUCAACUGGUCCUUUUAGAGAUGAAACUGUUCAUUAAAUGUAAAGUUUAUUGGAUACUUCUAGUAAUACCACUAUUCCUAUCAUUGUCUUCAAAUUGACAUCUCUAUUAUUCACCACAAAAUUCAAACACAAGCACAAAAAAGGGAUCCUAACACAAUUAACAUAAUUUUGCAACCUGUCUCUAUCUGCUUUGGAUUUUUCUAUUUCAGAAUUUUAAACCUCCAACCCAUUUCACAUUAGUAAGAUAAAAAGUUGGUUGAACUAACUGCAACUCUGAAACAAUGUCAUAAUUAAUGUUGAUUGAUGAGAGAUAAAUACUCAAACACUGUGUAGUUAAAAGUCAAACGUGAGAAAGUGACAAACAUUACUACUUUACUAUUCAUCUUUAAAACACAGUAUGUCAUUAUUUAAAAGCCAACACAGAAAGUUCUACUGAAAGUAAAUCUUGUUUUUUACAGCCGAGAAAUUUUUGGAGGUCAAGGUUCAAGGACAGGUGUGAAGAAGGUUUUGAUCGUCGUCACUGACGGAGAAUCUAAUGGUGGUAAUAACUUGAGAGAUUCUGUCAAUUCUGCAGAAAGGAACAAGAUUGUGAGAUUUGCAAUUGGGGUAAGCUUUAGCUUUCUAGUUUUGUGUAAAGGCACUUUGUAUAUAUAUAUUUACAUAUAUAUAUAUAUUAUUUUGAGGAUGGAUUGACUUGAACUCUUUCUGAAUAUCCCCAGGUAGGGGGUGCAUUUUAUAAAACUAGCGCAAGAGACGAACUGGACACAAUUGCAUCUUCACCAGCAGCAAACCACAUAUUUCAGGUGGAAAACUUUGAUGCACUGGAACAAGUAAAGCAGAGUUUGCAAGAGAAAAUCUUCGCUAUUGAAGGUACAGAGUGAAAAAAAUUCACUCGAAAUCGCUCUGAUUACUAUUGUUCCAAAAGUAGACAAUAAAUCGUGUCAAAACUUUUUUCACAUGACCACCCAGUUUUUUCAUGGUACACCAUUAUUAAUUCAAUGUAUUCAUAAAAAAUAGCUUCAAUUCAGACCACAGUGUCAUGCUAUGUUGUUUCACCAGGAUCUCAAACUGGAGGAGAGACACUGAAAAAAGAAAUGUCUCAAAGUGGAUUCAGUGCAACGUAUACCUCUGAGGUAACUAAAAGUUACAGUAAUUUCUCUGGAUAAUCGAUAUUUUUUUGAAUAAUAGCCUGUGGCAAUCACAUUAUAUGGAAUUUUCUGUCUUUGUUUUCUGAUAAAGGGAAUACAGAUGGGUAUUGUUGGUGCAAACACAUGGAGGGGAGGCUAUGAAAGAUACACACUCAAUGGCCAGUUCAGCGACUCCUAUGAGCCUGACAAUUACAACAUGGAGUCUGACAGUUAUCUGGGUAAGAACAUAAAUUUAAUACAAACUGAAACUUCUAUAAAAGAAAAUGAGAAACCAGGUGGCAGAUGCUGGCAAUACCAGCAUGGCAUUUCUUCACUGAAUCCUUUCUUACCACUAGUAACUUUUACCUUUUAGUUCCUGCUUUUCAGCUCCUUAUAUCUCCAUGUAUUCAGUCCCUGUAGAAAGACUAACCUCUCUGACGGAACAUGCCCCAACUAUCAAACCACAGCAUAUUUUAUCAUGGUGUGCUGUAUCUUUAUGUACAGAUUCACACAGCACCAUUUCACAGUGAAGUACAUCCCACUGUGUCCUGUGAAAUCAUAUCCUGAUUUACAGAAAAAAACAAACAAACAAACAAAAAAAAAAAUAUCUGGACCUGAACUUUGUUGACUCAACUUGAACACUGGAGCCGUCAUCUCCCUGUUGAGUCUGUUAGCAGAUGUUACAUCAGACUCAUCUCAUUCUGUCCCAUCCUAGUGUGCCCCAGAUGUGAGGGCUGAAGCCAGAUUGAAUUUUCAGUAAAUAAGAGCAAAAAUCAGGAGACUGGCCACAGGUAGUGUGUCUCCUUCUCUUGUACCGCAAGUCUCUUUAGGAAGGCUGAACCCCCUCUUGUGGCAUAAAUUGGAACUACACUUCCAAUAUGAAGCGAAACAAAAUAGCAACAUUAAAGCUCCUAAUAAAAAUUGUACUCAUAAAAAUUAUACAUACCGCACCAAAAAAAAAAAAAAAAAAGAGGUUUCAUGGGAAAAGUGGUUCGUUCAGAUAAGUUAUUUUCCUCAGUUGACCAAACCUUUAGAUACCCUAACGUAUAAACUUCACUCUUGACUUCCAGGUUACUCAAUGACAGUAGCUACAACCAGGCAAGGCUCAUUGACAAUUGUUGGUGCUCCGAGAUACAGACACAGAGGAGCUGUAAUGGUCGUCACAGGAAACAGAGGUAGUCAAAUGAUUGACCCCUUUCGAUGGCAGGUGUGUUCACAAUUAAUGAGGAUAAAACGAUAAAAAUGUAAGAAACGUUUUUAGCAAAUCAUUUCAUAAAAAAUUAACUUCUUUAUUGAUCAUUUGCAGUCAACGCAAUCUCAGAGCGGUGAAUACUUUGGGGCAGAGGUUUGUGCAAUGAAACUGGAUGAUGACCCCAACACUGAUCUGAUCCUUAUAUCAGCCCCAAUGUACGUGGACACUGACGGAGAGGGAAGAGUUUUUGUUUGCCACUUAACUGGUUUGGUGAAUGACUUUUAUCCUGCUCUAUUUCACACUUUUUUUGUUGGUGUGUUGAAUAUGCAAAUGUUGACUCACAUCCUGAUUUUUUUUCACCAGCAUGUAGACUGUGCUCCAGAUUCUCCAAUCAUACUGAGGGGGGCUGCAUCCAACAAAGCAAGGUUUGGGUCUUCUCUUGCUGUGCUGCCUGAUCUUAACCAUGAUGGUCUAAAAGAUCUGGCUGUUGGAGCACCUUUAGAAAACGACAAUCAAGGCAGCAUCUAUAUAUUCCAUGGCGAAGGGGGAUCAAGAGGAAUCAAUACUGUUUUCUCACAGGUUAGCAAGUUCGAGUGGGUCAAAAUACAAAAGCAUGGCUUUUUAAGUUUCCUGUAUGUAUAGUUUCAAGUUUGCCACUGUAUCAUAUUAAUUGACUUCUUUCCCUCAUAGAGAAUCACUGGCUCUCAAGUGCAGUCAGGACUGACGUUCUUUGGCAUGUCUAUCAGUCAGUCUUCUUUAGACCAAAGCGGGGAUAAUCUGCCAGACUUGGCAGUGGGUUCGAUGGGGAAAGUUGUUCUUCUCAGGUAAAAGGCUGCAACUCAAACUCUGUACCAUUGGUGUUAAUACUGUACAUUACUUAAAGCUUAUGUGAGGAACUUUGAGUUUGUCAGUAUUGGCACCCCCUGUGGGCAAAACAGUCUUAGUAUAUCUUGUCCUUUUCAUGCUUAAGUAGUGUCAGCAGACACAAAAAUCUCAUUGGAACUUCUAUCUGGCAAAUAUUUGAUUUAUUAUGAAUAUUUUAUAUGUAAAAUGUAAAAACAGGGUGACACCUACCCUAUAAACCUAGUAAUAAGUCUAAAAUAAUGUAAAUCUUGUUCCUGAUGGUCUUUUAGCUUUUGAAUAUCAUGAAAAAGCACCAAUAUAAAUUUAAAGUAUUUUGUAAAUUUCAAAAAAACAAACAACAAAAACUCCUCAUUCAGGUCUGAGGUGUUCACCUGUAAAAGAUUAAAUCAGGCAACUUAAAUCAGUUGAUUUUUUUCUGUUUGAUCAUCAAGCCCUAACACUAAGGUUGUUUCCUUUUUCCCCUGCCUUAUCAAUCUGCAGGUCAAUGCCAAUAGUCAUGGUAGAAACUAUGAUGUCAUACAACCCGAUCCAAAUCCCCACUCAAAACUCUGACUGUUCAGCACCAAUACCUCUUUCAGCUCGACUCUGCUUUCUUAUGACCAGACUCUCGACAGUCAGCACAGGUAACUGAUUCUCCUCAAUUCUUCUCCAUCCGUGUGAAUACCUUCAUGUGUGUCCACGAUUAACUCUUUUUUAAACUCUCUCUCCAGCCAAAGCGAGGAUCAACUAUACUAUUACAUUGGAUGCCACUCGUAACAUACCACAGAACCGAGCUUUCUUCAGUGAAAAGAUCAGAGAGAGGACAAGCUCAAUUGAGCUUGUUUUACAAAACCAGAAAUGCAGUACCAUUAACUUCUUUGCUCGGGUGAGCAGUUGGAUGAAAAUAUAAAAAUCUGGUAGACUCUGUUGAAUCUGAGCCUCUUAAUGUCAUUUGAGGUCACACUGAAGUUCAAUGUGGAAAAUAACAGCCCUUUAUAUUUUGAAAGACAAGUUUUACUCAAUAACUUCCUCUUCCUGCAGCCUUGUCCGGAAGAUGCUCUAAAUGAACUUCGCAAUGAACUCACAUUUGACUUUCAAGGUUUACCCUCUACUGGUGGUCUUCGCUCAAGUCUGGCUCAGCAGGUUCAGAAAACAGCUUUUUAUCCUGUAAGUAAUCUACAAGGAUUUGUAAGACUCAUUUAUUGGUCAGUUUAAAUUUGCCAACGCUUUCAUUGGGUCUUCAUUGUAAGAAAUGAGCAACAAAGCAUGAACUAUGUCUACAUGCUACCACAAAUGUUACCCUUCUGACCCAGUAACAAAUACUGAUUUCUAUUGUGGUUUAUUUCCCGUUCUCAUCAACAGUUAAGAUUUGAGAUCAACUGCGGCACCGAUGACAAAUGUGUAGACAACCUGAAAGUGGAUUUCAACUUCACAGAGUAAGUCAAAAUAAUAAAGCCUGGUAAUUGGGUUGUGCAGCCACAGGUGGUUUCUUACAGGAUUUUCAGGAUUUUGUAGGUGGUAAAGAGCGUGAGAGUGCAAAAGAAAGUGAUAUAUGUUGGGGACCAGAGCAGCAUGGGAGCAUAGAGAAAAGAGUAAUGCUGGCAGUAAGAAAUAACAAGACUGUUCAGUGAUGCUGUCAAAAUCAUUGAGGUCCAGUAAACAGAUAAGGUAUAAAACACGCCAUGUUGCUUCUUGUAGUUGAAGCAGGCAAGAGCAUUGUGUCGCAUUACAUGGUGCAAACAAAAUAAUCCAGUCUCAGUUACUGAUGACACAAGGGUCAAGGCAGAAACUUUCUUUCCAUCAUUUCAUUUUUGUGGUUUGACAUGUAUUUUUCUUGGUAUUGAUAUUGCAGGAAUCUGAAAUUGAUUUGUGUCAGAUUUUUUUUUAGCCAUUGUUCCAGGGUCAACACAUUCACAUGCACUUAAAAUAAUCAAUUUAUCGAAAAAGUCUAACUGAAACUUCUCAUAGUCCAACUAACAUACCUUGAUAAUGCCAUAAGUGUUCUGUACAUGCCCAUGUGUUUGCACUCCAGGGCUCUGAGCUGGUGGUUGAACUGCAUGUAUGCGUUACUAAGAAGCCAGGCAGUAAACAAGCCAUCAACAGACAAAGAAAGCAGAGGCUGACAUGAUCUCAUCAAUAUUACGAUCCUUGUCCUGUUAAUGUAAACUGGGAUCAGGAUGGUGGUUCAGUUAAACCGUACUGACUUAGGCAUAAUCUUGAGGUUUUCCCAGAGUACAACACAAAACCGCAUCUCACCUCCCUCAAGCCAUUUUAUAUUUUACAAAAUACGUUUGUAUUUUAUAUUUACAUGGCUUAAUAGGCUUGAUUAAGGUUGUUUAGUGUUGUCACAUUUAUUAAGCUGGCAGUGUGGAUAAACUCUUGAGUCUUGUUUUCCUUACCGUCUCUUUUCCCAUAUUCUUUCAGAUCCUUAGAGGUCAAAGUUGGUAUUGAUGAGCUGUUGAGUGUGACUGUCUCGGUAAAAAAUACAGAGGAAAACUCCUACAAUACUCAAGUCAUUCUCACAUACCCAGCCGGGCUCUCUUUCAGAAAGUUUACAUCUCUAAAGGUGAGGCAUUAGAAUCAAGUCAGAGUCGAUUCAUCGCACAGAGAUACUGGUUUUUAAAAUGCUCAUGAAAAAUUGUUUCAAUAAAGGGAAGGAUUGAGUGCAAUUCCUUGGACAGUAAUGAUGGUUUAUCUCGUGGAAAGACUGACUGCACUGUUGACCAGCCCAUCUUCAAGAGCGGCACUGAGGUUUGAUUUUAACCAAGAUGAUCACAUCUCACUACUGCUGAGAAAAUACGCUUCUAAUUACGCUCAUUCAUUUAAUUUCAGGCUCUCUUCAUCGUCUCCUAUGGGAUUGACACCAAUAGCCGCCUUGACAACCAAAUUUAUUUCACUGCAAAUGCUACCAGGUAUCAUAAACAUUAAAGUCACCGACUGUGUUUGUACACAAUAACCCUCUUGCAUUUGAUUAAUAAUUCAACCUGUCUUUUAGCGGGAAUGAGGAACACUCCAAGUCAAGUGAGCUCUACAUACAGAGAGAUAUUGCUGUGAAGUACAGCAUUUUUGCAACAAUUGAGAGGUAUGUAAAAACAAGAAAUAUAACUUUACAAAAAUUUGAGAAUUUGAAGCUGAUACUUUACUAGAAUACCUUGAAUAUGUCUGUUUAGUUCCCUCAGUUACAACAAUUUCACUUUUGGAAAGAAUGAUCUGCAGAAAUCAGUCCAGCAAACAAUUACAGUAAGAUACCUUUUCAUACCGUAAUAACAGCAAAUAGUUUUUGAAUGCAUGAACUCAUUUCAGACUUGACUUUUGUCUUGUUGUACAUUCACUUUUCUGUCUCUCCUUUCUAAUAGGUAACAAAUGAUAUCAGGCCUCUGACUUACACUGUAGUGAUCAUGGUGCCUGUAAAGCUCGGGAAAAAAGACAUCUGGGUGGAUUCAAGCAGUUUUCAGGUAAGAGAGGAAUUUACUGACCCCUGGAAAUAUUUGAAACUGAACCCCUCACGGCCUAAUUAACAGAUGCAUUAGUACUGUUUUAUGAACUGAAACGAAUCAUCUGUGUUUCAGAUUCCAAACUGUGAAAGAAAGAACGAUAAGGAACCACAAGUCAGAGAUUUUAUCCCUCAAGUACAGAAAAAUAAGAUUGUGGUAAGUAUGCGUCCACAACACAGCAUAGUAUGAGCUGAAAUAUUAAACAUUAGCUUGAUAUUAUUGGGUUGUCUCCAGGAUGGCGUAUUACAGAUCAAAACAGUAUACAAACACAUAAGCAACAGGCUAAUGAUAAAAACACGUUUGCUUAUGUUAGUAAUUUAUAAGGAUGAAAUCAAUAAAUCACUCUUGUUUAUUGGACAUCAUUUCUGUCUCCUGAGUGUUGUGUUCACAAGUCAGUCUAAGGACUAGGGGUGGGAGAAAAAAUCGAUACAGCAUAGUAUUGCGAUAUAUCCUGAUAUAUUGUAUUGUCACAUACCAAGUAUUGAUAUUUUAAAAUUAAUUGGUUGUGUGAAGUCAAAUCUUUGAUAAUGGAAAAAUAAAAUCAUCUGUUUGUCCAGUGAGGUCGGCAGAGGUGACAUCGUAAAGCAGGGGAAAAUGGUAUUUGUCGUUUGAAACAAAGUUUUGACUCAGUUCAUCAUUGGAUCAGUAUCCUCAUUUACAGCAACUUGUGUUUUUGAAUGAUUAACAAUGUUAUUAUUACUAUAUAGUGAUAUGUCUUGUAUUAUGAAGUCCUUGCAAAUAUACAGCCAUAAUGUAUUGAAUCAUAUUGAAUCAUAUCAUGUUGUGACACAUGUAUUGUGAUAUGUAUCGUGUUCGUAUCGUGAGGCCCUCGCCAAUACCCACCCCUACUAAGGACAUUAAGGAGGAGCACCAGUGGUGUUGACUGACAGUGCAGGCCAGUUAAGGGGCUGCAGACGCACUAACAGAACAAGAGUUGCUCCUGUAGAUAAUUUUGAUGCUACAAGAGUUAAUAAGUCCCUCUCUGCUUUCUUUCUCACCUUAACAACAUCAGGACUGCUCUGUAGCCAGCUGUGGUGUCUUCAGAUGCAGUACUUUAAUGGGAAGACUGGAGACAAAAAAGUAUCAAAUCUCUGCAAACCUUAGCUCUGGAUGGAUCGAACAGGUGAAUCUUGUGUAUUUUAAACAGAUAAGUAUUGUGCUUGGACUCUGACCUAAGGGGUAAUUUCUCUUCAAAAUUAUUUUUGUUCUCAUGAAACUCUAUUUUUUUUUUUUUUUCAAAUACAGAUAGGACUGGAAUCUGCAAAAUUCCUUGUGACCAGCACAGCUACUCUGGAUUACGACAAAAACCAGUACAUCUUCAUUUCAACAGGAUCCAGUAACAAUCCCCCUGUUCGCAAGGUGAGCACUCAGUUUUAGGUUUUUGAGAUAAAAAAGAAGAGUUCGGAUUUGAUCCACCAUCUAUCAUUUAAUCUGACAGAUUGAGACAGAGGUAGAGGUGUAUCCUGAACCUGACUUCACUAAGGAGAUUAUCGGAGGGUCUAUAGGAGGUCUGGCUUUCCUGGCUUUACUCACUGCUGGCCUGUACAAGGUAAAUUUACAUCAUUGCGUUUAAAACUAUUUAGAUUUUUUAAAAUGGAAAAAACAAUUUUUUUCUCUAAACUUGAUUUUUUUAUGCAUGUUUUGAAUAAUCCCCUUUGUUGUCUGCUCUCAGGCUGGAUUUUUCAAAAGUAAGUACAAGGACAUGAUGAGUGAGGGGGCAGGUGAAGCAGGGAGUCCAGGUGAAGCAGGGAGUCCAGGUGCUGAUGAAGCUGCACCCCUACCAGAAUAA